AUGAUUCACCGGUCUCGCCUGUGUGGGCGGCUCAUUCUCGAGCGAUCUGCGGCGCACGCUUCUCGAACGUCUACUUCGUCAAUAUCGCCAAGGUGGCCUUUGUCACCUGUCUGCCAAGGUCGUCAUAUCUGCCGAUCCGCCCUGCCCGGCAUUCGACCCUUGGUUGGAGCGGCAUUUUCCACGGCUGCGAGAUUGAGCAAAAAGGACGACAAGAGCCACAAGGACGACUUUUUCGACUCCUCGGCCGAGACGCUAACCCAGCCGCUGUCGGAAGAAGAGGUCAAGGCAAACUCGGAGAACAAGAAGAAAGAGGCAGAGAGAGCUGCGGCAGAAGCCAAGUCGGACGCUUCAGGAGCAAAAUCUGACGCUGGCAGUAAAUCACAAGAUGGAAAGUCCAGUGGCGCGGCGGGAAGCUCGGCAACGGGCGGUUCAGGCUCGGGAGGGGAUAGCGCCGGAGGCGAUGGUAGCAAGAGGGGGAGGAAAUCUUCGGAAAAAGCUCUGCAGAAACCUGUUGUGCCGGAAGUCUAUCCGCAAGUCCUCGCUAUCCCCAUUGCGCGACGGCCGCUAUUUCCCGGAUUCUACAAGGCCAUCACGAUCAAGGAUCCCAACGUCGCCUCAGCCAUCACGGAGUCUAUCAAGCGCGGGCAGCCAUAUGUCGGCGCUUUCUUGUUCAAGAGCGAGAACGAGGACGAGGACAUUAUUCGCAACGCUGAAGAUGUUCACGACGUCGGCGUUUUCGCCCAGAUCACCAGCGCAUUUCCCAUCCACGGACAAGAGGGCGCCUUGACGGCGAUUCUCUAUCCCCACCGCCGGAUCAAGCUCUCCAGUCUGGUCCCGCCUAGUGCGGCUGAAAAAGCCGACGGUAAACAGGAGCCCGACACCCCAGAAGUCAUUCCACAGCAGACGCCUGUGGAGGAAGAACCACAACAGGAGAAGAAAGGCGAUGUUGUGGCCAGCUUUGAAGAAGGAGCCAUCGAGAAGAAACCAGAUCAGGUCGCUGAGAGAUACGAGCCAACGUCGUGGUUGAAAAGAUGGCCUGUGAGUCUUGUCAACGUGGACAACCUUGCCGACGAACCUUACGAUCCCAAAAGCCCCGUCAUCCGCGCCGUGACCAACGAAAUAGUCAACGUUUUCAAGGAGGUUGCUACUAUGAAUAACCUCUUCCGUGACCAAAUUUCAACCUUUUCAAUGAGUCAAUCUACUGGGAAUGUCACCUCAGAGCCUGGAAAACUUGCCGACUUUGCGGCUGCUGUGUCAUCCGGGGAACAGAAUGAAUUACAAGAUGUACUCUCCUGCAUGAACGUCGAGGAGCGAAUGCAGAAGGCCCUUAUCGUCCUCAAGAAGGAACUCAUGAAUGCCCAACUGCAGUCUAAAAUUACCAAGGACGUUGAGAGCAAAAUCAGCAAGCGUCAGCGAGAGUAUUGGCUUAUGGAGCAGAUGAAGGGCAUUCGCCGCGAGCUGGGCCUGGAAUCCGACGGCAAAGACAAGCUGGUUGAAAAAUUCAAGGAGAAGGCAGCCAACCUGGCCAUGCCUGACCCUGUUCGUAAGGUGUUUGAUGAGGAGAUAAACAAACUGGCCCACCUGGAGACUGCCGCGUCGGAAUUCAACGUUACGCGAAAUUACCUCGAUUGGCUUACUCAGAUUCCCUGGGGACGCAGAAGUCCGGAGAACUUUGGCAUUCCGAAUGCGAAGAAGGUCCUGGAUGAAGAUCACUACGGCUUGCAGGAUGUCAAGGAUCGAAUUCUCGAGUUCAUCGCUGUGGGGAAACUGCGUGGCACGGUAGAAGGCAAGAUCCUCUGUUUCGUCGGUCCUCCUGGUGUUGGCAAGACGAGCAUCGGAAAGUCUAUUGCCCGAGCUCUCAACAGGGAAUACUACCGAUUCAGUGUCGGCGGCCUGACUGAUGUGGCUGAAAUCAAAGGCCACCGACGUACAUACGUCGGUGCCCUACCCGGCCGUAUCAUCCAAGCCUUGAAGAAAUGCCAAACAGAGAACCCGCUCAUUCUGAUCGAUGAAGUCGACAAGAUUGGGCGAGGUUAUCAGGGAGACCCGUCUUCAGCCCUUCUGGAAUUACUCGAUCCCGAACAGAACAGCUCCUUCUUGGAUCACUACAUGGACGUCCCCGUGGAUCUAUCCAAGGUCCUCUUUGUCUGCACAGCCAACAUGACGGACACGAUCCCACGACCUCUCCUCGACCGCAUGGAGUUGAUCACGCUCUCGGGUUAUGUUGCGGAUGAGAAAAAGGCCAUUGCCAACACGUACCUCGCGCCGGCAGCCAAGGACGCGGCAGGCCUGAAGAACGCCAACGUGAACCUAACCGACGAGGCAAUCGAAGAGCUCAUAAAGUCGUACUGCCGUGAAUCCGGAGUCCGUAACCUCAAGAAGCAGAUCGAGAAGGUCUACAGGAAGUCUGCCUUGAAGAUCGUCCAGGACCUGGGAGAAGAUGUUCUCCCCGAACAGGAUGCCUUGACCGACGAAGGCAAAGCCGCAUUGGAAGAGAGCCAGAAGCAGACCGAGGAGAAGGCUGCGGCCAAUGACGACGCAAAGCCGGACGAAGGGCGGGCCGCCACCGAGGCCAAGACGGCUGAAAAGCCGAGGAAAGCACUGCAGGUUCCCGAUUCGGUGGACGUCCAGAUCGGAAAGGACAACCUGGUGGACUACAUCGGCCCUCCGGUCUUUACGUCGGACCGCUUGUACGAGGUAAGCCCGGCCGGCGUCUCGAUGGGCCUGGCGUGGACGCAAAUGGGCGGCGCAGCCAUGUACAUUGAGUCCAUUCUACAAGCGCCCCUGCGAGCCAGCGCGAGGCCGUAUCUGGAAAUCACGGGCAACUUGAAAUCUGUCAUGAAGGAGUCAACAACCAUUGCCUACUCGUUCGCCAAGUCCUUCAUGGUCAAGCAGUUCCCCGAGAACAACUUCUUCGACAAGGCCAAGAUGCAUCUCCACGUCCCGGACGGCGCCGUGCCCAAAGACGGGCCGUCUGCCGGAAUCACCAUGGCCACAUCCCUUCUCUCCCUGGCUCUCGAUACGCCCGUCGACCCUACCGUUGCCAUGACCGGUGAACUCACCCUGACAGGAAAAGUCCUGCGCAUCGGCGGACUGCGGGAAAAGACCGUGGCAGCUCGUCGAGCGGGCUGCAGAACAAUCAUCUUCCCCAAGGACAACAUGUCGGACUGGCUGGAGUUGCCUCAGAACAUCAAGGAAGGCAUACAAGGCCACGCCGUAGGAUGGUACAACGAAGUAUUCGAUCUCGUCUUUCAGGGCCUCGACCGCCAACAGGCCAACAAGAGCAAGGUCCAAGACGUCAAGAAGGUCGGCGAAAACUCUGGAGAGGAGGAGGAACAGUUGCAUGAAUGA